AUGAUCUGUGCCAACAACGGCAAACGUUUUCCAAUUGAUGUCACGCCAGAGACUGGCUACUCGUCAGGUGAGCGGUUGCGUCACAGCAACAGUCUGUACUGCUGCGCACCUCGCCGCUAACGGAUUCAAAAAUGAAUCCAUCGUGCCAGGCAAAAGUGUUCAGUUAAGUUAACAGCUCCCAUUAUCUAGGCACCUGUUGGUAGCUCCUGGCCUCUUCAGACGGCUCACGCGAAGUUGAGUUGUUUGUCGGGUCGAUGACGACAUCAUUAACGAUAAGCAGAUUGUUAUAAAACGCUGUUUGGUGCCAUGAUUUGACUCCCGCCUACUUAAUGAGUUGCCAGUACUAGUGCUAUGAUUCCUUGUUCAUACACCACUGACUCAUACGAAGCACUUAUCGAUGAAAUGGUACCAGAUAUAUUGUCUUGUUGCUUCAGUAUACGGCUCCUAGUGUAACACAUAAGAUGUGCUCAAACCUACGAAACAUUUUCAGCCCCUCGGGGAUCGACAAAAGCCUCCAAUCACUAAUUAACGACGUUAAGUGGAACGAAAAUAUCAAUGAAUUACUGGAAGUAAUAUAACGCCGUUCAGAAAUAGCAAAUUUUCCUAAAAAAAGUGGAACUGCCGAAAGCCCAAAAAAUCAUUGUGACUAGGCAAGCUCAAGUUUUAGAAGUACAUAAAGCUUGCCCAUCCAAAUAGGACUUACGUGCAGCUUGCAUCUGAAUAUCCUUUAAGAAUUGAUGUAGUUGACAAGAAAAUAUGCCUGCAGACAACAUUACAGCUUUUUGGGGAAUGAGGCCACACAGAUUUACAAAUCCGAAUUUCAAAAAUUGGUAAAACGUCUGGUUUUUUACAAAAAAGUGCUUGUCCACAUUCUGCUUCACCUGACCUACGCAGAAUAAACAAUCGGAUUUUAAGCAAGACGAGAUUUGUUUGGUAAAACUCGCCCGUACAGCCUAUUCUUGUCUAACAAAAAACUCGCAUUGAUUCGUAAACUUAGUUUAGGAUAAUUAUUAACAUAAGAAAUUGACUAUAUACACAGAAAUGCGGUUUUCUGUCCAAAUUUGUACUUAGUUUGCCACAUGAAAUUACCUGGAAACACAUCCUACCUGAAAAAGGACUUUUCCCAGAACGGCUUACGCAGACACGUAAACUGCACAACGUUCUAGAUGUUCGGUAAUGAUCAGCUAGAUUCCUGUCUCGAAGUUUUAAGAGUUAAGCCUCUAUUUUAUGUGUUACUCGGUGUAGUAUCGACAUGAAACUGAAGACAAUGACCGCGUAUCUUCCAUUUUUCAGUUCCCAUCGAGAAGUUUAUCAUUCCGCAUAGGAAGAAACGAGCAAAUAUUUGAUAUUUUUGGAAAGUGCUUGACUACACGGCACCCGCUAAGGAGACUUAACGUCAUAUGAAGCUGGUAUCUUUAAGUUUGAUGUUAGAUACACGGUAAAAUUGCAUGCAACCACUGCGGUACUAACUCGUGCACGCCGCAACGACCUACCAAAUUUAUUUUACGGCUUCCAAAGUUAGAAACGAAAAUGAGCCCAAUGGAUAUCUAAUUCACAAUUAAAAUCCGCCGCUCGAAUAGCACAACUGACUGUUAGUACCUCAAAAGAACAUAAUGUCUCCCAAUGGUAAGCUCUCUCUCUAAACUUACCAGGACGGUUUAGAGAAUGCUCUUUUGGCCACUAAUGUUUUGAGUCCUUUCACUUAACGUCUCUGUCUUUCGAUCAUUAAUUUCCGUACCUUACUGUUCCCAUUCCUCCAGGUAUCCAAGGUCUCUGGUGGCAAGUUGCAUCUCACGUGACAUGCCUAGAAUCCCCUCCUUCGUCAAGGCUUGGCUUCCUGAAGAGUUUAUUCAUUGCAGUCUAUCCGUUUAUCGUGAAACUAAAGUAACGGCAAUUCGCGGUGUACCGCAUGAACUAAACUGUUUGAACAAUUUGUCUUUCUUUACUUGGCACGGCUCAACCAGCCCAGUCUGUCGAAAUAGACGGUUUUUCCGCGUGCCAGCUCUUCUUCGAAAUACAGAAAGUUCAGCCAGUCUGAUGGACUGUUGUUGCAAGUGGCAUGAUUUGAAAAUGGUCUUCCAUCUUAAUUUGGGUUACGUCACUGAUCCUCGGUCAUGAUUAACUCACGGAGUCGUCGGCUUUCCUUACAUUCCAACAUUUUACGAGUAAAACAGUUUAAGCGUGACCUUCGUGCAAACUAAAGUGCUCUCUGUCUGUCGUGGGAAAUUAAUCGAAUACGGGACACGCAGAUGCACAAAUCUCAAUAAGCGAACGCACCUGUCGCAGACACUUCGCCGCAUUUUUUGCUUGUUAUAGAGAAUACAGCCUCUCCGGCUCUCCUUAGUCUUGCGAAUUUUUAUGGUAGCCGAGUUACUCCUUCCUCGUAAUGACCUUAUUUCGUUUUAGAUGUGUCCUCAGAGUAAGUGAUAUGGUCGAAUACGGACCAGUUCCAGUACUACAGGUGGCCUCACCCUAAAUUCUGGGAGGGGAUCAAUUACCGUGUCCAAACUUUGUCCCGACUCUCACCUUAGCUCAAACCCUCGUGACCCCGAUCAUGGCUCUGCUAACCCGGCCAGAGAUCCGGCAAGGGAUCCAGCCAUGGCGCGCAGAGCCGCAGAUCGAUAAACUGUUUAGGCACUUUCUCGGCUCAGCUGAAGUUUACUCAAACAAAAGCAGAUUGCACCGCAGCGUAGUCCGCUAACACAUGACUGAUUAUGAAAAGUAGCAUCAGAAACAGGGUUAUUUUUCACUGGCUUUCUGCAAACCCAGCCCUCAAGGAGGGAGAAACAGGUGGUUUUCGUGUUCUACACUGUCUUUUCACAUGCGCGUUGGAGUCAAGGGGACGGACGCACAAAUUUCCGCAAAGGCAGAUAGUGCUCAGUAGCGUCUUCCUCAAAAUUCUUCCACUCGGCGAUUACAUUGUAUGCCGAACCACAGAUGUUUCAUGAGCCGAAUUCGUCUCUGUGGCCAGAAAAUGACUCAUUCCCAAACGGGUCGGUUUGCGGGCAAUUCCGCAAAUUAGAAUCUAGGCCAGUAAGUAUACUUGGUAGUAUCAGUUGACGGUUGGUCCUUCCAAAACGUCUGCCUCUCAAUUCCACUGAUGCGGUGAGCCCUUCAUGUUUCUUAGUAGUUGUUCUUUUGCGGAAAACGUUAAGAAUUUGCUCGGAAAUAGGGAUGGAAAAGGAAGUACGCCUCUGGCAAAAAGAACCGUUAAAUACGUUAAAAUAAAGAUGACACCGAAUUUUCGACUAAAUUGCUCCGAAAUUAGUCAACUAGAAAACCAAGAAGAUACGGUGGCAUGUUGACCCGCCAGUAUGCAGGAUUACGUUUCCACACCGUCUAUGCAUGGUGCUCACUAGUCUGCGGUUUUUAAGCUUUAUCGUAUUCCAGGCGAUCACAAAAGUGAACUCGUUUUGGUGGAAUGUUCCCCCUCAAGGAAAUCAUCCUGUAAGGAUAAUCCACGUCUCACUGCAUUGGGUUGACGCUGAUCUAUGUAGAUGUCUCAAGUUUUGGAAACCUCAGCCAUGCGGCAUCAGUGAUCGGACGCAUCUUUCUACUGUAAAACCGAUCCUGAUGACCUUAAACGCAGAUGUAAUUUCUGUAACUGUGCAUAGCAUAGACCAGUAGCGCUGGCAGUAAAAACAACCAGAUUACUGUUUUCAAAACUCCGGAAAACUGUACACUUCGUAUUCUUAUUCUGUCUCUUCCUUGACCUGGAAGUAGAUCGGGGCUUGUUUUCCCCUAUCCCACCUGUCUUAGAACUACCUGAAACGGAAUUUUACGGCAGCAGGAAGCGAAUUUCUGUUUAGGCGUUCCGGAAAUUAACAACAAAGGGGGAUGGACGCAUUAUCUAAAAAUGGUGAUUUUUUGCUCUAUUUACGCGAGGAAAAUGAUUAAUCGCUGCGUUUGCCAGUCAGUGAGCUUGCUUAAUGGAUUAGGAAAUGCCAGUUUGCAUUGUUUUUAUGCAGACGAAAAUUCCUGACGCCCUCUUCACUUAGGCUCCCGAACAAAGCAUCCAAUAAUACUACAAGUGGGGGACGGACGUUACUUUGCAAAGGUUCGUGCCACUUUGCAAAUCCAGACGUUGUCCAUUCCUUUGUGUUUUUACUGGCAAAAAGACUUUGCACGACUUAUUGAUGCUAAAACCAGAUAGUGAGCCUUCAAUUAUAGCCCAUUUCAUCCCUAAAAUUCUCCUUACUUACUUCUUUAACUUCUGAGCGGUUAUUUCGUGCGCAGAGCAUUCUGUAAUUACUUCACUUGGAAGUGUCCAGAGGAACAUAAGAUUCCUGCUUUUGUGAACACGAAAUCAGAACUAAAACACAAAGAGGAAGAGAACAAGAUGUACUUUUUCUGUGAAAACUCCCAUCUUUAAUUAAACACAUCAGUCCAGGUCAUGACUCUGUAUUUUGCCCCACAACUGCCCAUUUCGAUGCAAGUUUUUCUUAAGCAAAUAAUCCAAAACGAAGAUGGGCAUUUUUUCAUUUGAUGUACUUACAUAUAUGCAUGCAGUAGAACCUCGGUUUUAGGGAGAUUAGGGACCACAGCCACAUGCGGAUAAAUAGAAUCUGUGAAUACUUGAGACCCCUCUGUGAACCUUUGCGACUGCCUAUUUUAAUGCUAUCAUUCUAAAACAAUUUAGCAUUAUUUCAUUGUCAUAUAACAACACUACCCUUAAACAUAUUUAGCCUACAGUUACUCGUGAACACAUCUAAGACUGUUAAUAUUACCAAGUCGAAAAGUAAUUGAGUACUCCUAUAUUUUUUUAUCUAUAUACAAAGAGCAAAGAAAUCAGCGAAUACUGAACCGCGAACAGACGGGCAUCUGAUGCUGGCCUGCGGGAGCAGUCUUGAAGAUUUACACAACAAAAGUUAUAGUUUCCUAAAAAAUUUCAUGGUUCUAUAUAUAUGCGCGUAUUUAUAUAUGGUAUGGUAGAGGGGCGCUCGUCGAUUGUGUUACAGAACUCACUCGUCCCUUUGUAUACAAGGGCUGCUAGUUGGGCUCGAGAUAGAGCCCUAAGGCACAACAGGACGAGUGAGUUCCGUAAAAUCGAUCGAUGAGAGCCCCCCUCCCAUCAUGUACAAAUAAACAUUAAUAAAAGAAGGCCCGUCGUGAAUUUUCAAGCUGGUUAAGCCAACCCCUAGUCUGAUGAGAUGAAUAGUAGGAAUGUGAUAAUCGCACCAGAGCGCUUGGGGACAGAGAAUACACCGACAGACAGACGUUCAUAUGAGGAGUUGAAAGCCGUGUUAUGAUAGGUAACGGAAGUUAGGAGAGGUGCUGUGAGUUUCACUUGUGGUUUACCGUGUCGAGAACGUGUCCAAUUCGUGAGAUUCUGCAUGACUGCUCUAAACAGCACUUCAUAGCACUUCAUUUUGUAAUAUUCAACUUUGCAAACGAUCUUCCGCAUUUUCCUGCAGUUGGAUGGAAGGAUUUUCAAAGUUGACUUCUAGUUCUAAUCUGCUUAAUCUACCAUCUAGUGACAAAAUGUCAUUCAAUGGCUUGUCACAUGUCAAACUGACACAAGAAGGCACGUGUCUGACCGGAUUAUUUUUGUGGGAGUACAUUGCUUUCAAACUUGCUCUCAGUGUGUUGUGGUUGGAUUCCGGGGGAAAAGAGUGCGCGCUUCCUUCGUGCAUAGUGCGCAUAGGGAAUUCACCAAGUAAAUCUGCUUCCGUAGGCAGAAGGUCUUUAAAGAGGUCACAUUUAAUUUUCAACACAGAAUGAAAAGAUACCCGGUCAAGCAGACUCCUCGACUGUUGUUGGUGAGGAAACCACGCAUCAAAAAGGAUCAAUGUGAAACUUGAAUAAAAGGAAGUAAGCAUGUCAAGAAAAGUCGAAAGACCAUCGCUAACAUGAUUAGUUACCUGCCUAUGGUAUUCAAUUCCGAUAGUAUCUUACUUUUUAAAAGAUUUUCUGCGCACUACAGUGCGUGAUCGAUCUCACGAAAUGUUGGCCGAAAUUCUGAAAUGCGUUUUCGAUUAGGAAGCAUUACUUAGGUGGGGUUGCAAUAAUGAUAAGUAUGCAGCACAAGCCUAUGGCAUUUCGGACCCAUCAGGGUGUCAGCUCUUGGAUGCAUGCCUUUUUGACUUCCUGCAGAAACCGCACUUGGUAGAAAAUGACUGCUUAAGCAGCAUGCAGUUUUCCUAUUAAUUUUCGAUGAUCUUGUCAAUUCAAACAUAUUUUAUAGAAGACAUGCACAAAAAUAUGUUUCCUUUUACUUCUUUGGUAGUAAAUCAUAUGGUCUUGAUAUUUUAUACCCGAAUAAAAUGUAUAUUUAGGUUUUGGAAAUGUUUCUAAUUAUGGGAUUUUUAAGACCAUGCGAUGUCCAUGCAUACAGGACCGCACAUGUCCGUGUACCAAUGCUCCUAAUGAAAUGCAUAACACAUUCCGGAUCCAUUGCGAAAUUUUAGGAACUCUCUGUGGUACGUUCUCAAAAGCAUACAGGAAUAUACGAUUUUCCUUAAGCGGAAAGCAUGCAAUUUGUAGACUGAAAUCGACAAAUGUUAAUGUAAUGGCAGAUCAGGCGCAAAACUAUUCGGGAAUUGGAAAACUUUUUUGAAACCUAAAUAAACGUUUUCUUCGGGUAUAAAAUAUCAAGACAAUGUGAUUUCCUACCAAAUAAGUAAAAGAACGCAUACGUUUGUGCGUGUUCACUAUAAAAUAUAUUUGAAUUUACAAGACCAUCAAAAAUUAAUAGAUAAACUGCAUGGUACUUAGGCAGUCAUUUUUUACAAAGUGCAGUUUCUGCAGGUGGUCAAAAAAGCGUGCAUCCAAAAGCCGACACUCUGGUGAGUCUGAAAUGUCAUAGGCUUAUGCUGCAUAUUUAUCAUUAUAACAGCCCCACCUAAGUAAUCUUUCCUAAUCGAAAACGCAUUUCAGAAUUUCGGCCAAAAUUUCAUGAGAUCGGUCACGCGCUCUAAGUGAUUUGUUGGAGCAUGUGAUUUCCCCAUUAUAUUUUAUGUGUUGUGUGGCAGACCUCGGGCGAUCUGCGAAUCUCUUACGCACUACGAAGAUAAUACUUAGUGUGAAAUUCACCAAUGCAUCGAUUCGUCCCGAAGGCUUCGCCCGGAGCUUAACUCGACUUUCGCGGAUUAUAUUCAAAUUCCUGUAUCACAUAAGAUUCGUGACUGUGGCGAGUCCACGAUGCGAGAGUCUGGGAGGGGAAGGGGGGAGGAGAAGAAUCGAUUAAACAAGACCACCAGAAGAACCCGCAAUCUGACCAAUGCUGGGGUCUGUGCACUACCGCCGCUGAUGCCGUCCGUGUUUUUCUUAUCGUUUCUGCUGCUGCUGCUGCUGCCGCUGCUUCUGAUGCCACGCAUUUCGCCGCGUGGUUUAAGCUGCCUCGGGCAGUCCCACACAGGCAAAGGCACCUUAGUCCAAUCGCACCAGUCUGGAGCACUGCAAAUCACCACGAUGCAGUCUUGCGACUGUGAUCAGACAUCUACGCUCUUGGCUAGGCGCCUGCUCACAUUGCGAUUACGUCAUGUGCAGGUUGCCAGACCGGACCAUAUUGUAGACGCGUCGACAAAGAGCCCUUAUACGUCAACGGUCGAGCUCGACGCUACGGGCUGGUUGGCGCUCAGUUGACUAGGAUCAUGACUGAGUCUUCUCUCGAAAGCAGUUGGCUGGAUUUCCUUAGUCGAACAAGGUGGCCUUGUCCUUCCCGUCGUAGUUUCUAAUUCGACCGAGGCUCCAGAGUUUUUCACAAUUGGACCGGAUGACUUAUUCGAAUCUGCCAAAAAAUACUCCGCCUAAAAAAAGCGUUGGCUGUCAGUACAAAGAUGGCAAUGUAUGCAAGUCCAAGACUUCGCCUCCCUACUAACUGGAAAGUGUUGACAAAGAAACCAAGCAGAAAAGUGGACGUUUUCGGAUUUUAGGCCGUAGAUGAAGUCGAGCCCUCGUCCGAUGAGUUGGCUUAGAUAAAUGCAUGCCCAGCGAAACUGCUCGUCGUCCGGAAGUUCAUAAAGCACGUCCGCACUCUAAUGAAAUAGACGUGCGGAAAAUCAGGUGUGCAUUUGCAGCGCAUAGGUAGCGAUGGUAAUGAUGACGACGACGGCCGUGGCGGUGGUGGUGUUGAUGAUGAUGAUGAUGAUGAUGAUGAUGAUGAUGAUGAUGAUGAUGAUGAUGAUGAUGAUGAUGAUGAUGAUGAUGAUGAUGAUGAUGAUGAUGAUGAUGAUGAUGAUGAUGAUGAUGAUGAUGAUGAUGAUGAUGAUGAUGACAAGCUGGCAUGCAACAGUUUCUAA